AUGCAAAUUCCCGACAGUUACUGCAUUUGUGAACGCAAGUGGACACCGAUUGGUGGUGAAGAAGCAAGGAUCGCUGCACUAGUACUAAUACGCCAUAUCAAUCAGUUCCUUAGGCGCAAAAAUCUAGGCGAUCGUUGUGCGACGCUAACAUUGAAAAAAUUGUGCGUCAUGGCUACAGGCGUUACUAAAAUCACCUGUGUCACUCGGAUGAUUGGUGAUAACGAGUUGAUGUUAGUAAUGCUAUUGAAACGCGGCCACAUGGCUGGUGCAGCUGGCAAGAGCUAUAAAUGGAGGCGUGUAACAUACAAUUCGUGUGCUGCUCGUUUUCCUUUUAUAAAUACCAUUCGCUGA